AUUUAUACAUAUAUGUAUCACAUAUAGCACACUGUCUCCCGUCAGCUGCGAGAUCGUGCGAGAUCUCUUACAUCUUCUAAACAUCUCGAUGCAUCGUUCCAUCAUACGAGGUUGUGUGGGGUGAACCACGUCGACUAGAUAGGAUGAAGCCUAGCGCAUCGAGGCUCACUCACCGGAGGUCCGAUAGCUCAAUAGCUCCACACCCAAUACCUCUAACUGCAACAGCUUACCACGAGGGAAACAAGCUUACGCCAACUCCUACAUAAUGCAACCCUCGCCUCUUGCGAACCCAUUGGCUACUGUAACCCAGCUCGAGACCUCCGGCUCACAACUCGAUGGCAUCCCACCCGAUCUCGAAGACUCGAUACGCUUCGCCGGCGCAAGGCUUACACAAGCCGCGGGAAUACUGUUGAGACUACCGCAAGAAGUCAUUGCGCAAGCGAUUGUGGUGUUUAUGCGAUUCUGGCUCGGGCCAGAAGGUGGAAGUCUUGCGGAGUUUGGCUCAGAGCAAGUCUCAGCAGCUUCUCUUUACCUGACUACCAAGCUGUCUGCAUACCCCAAAUCAGCACGGAGUCUGGUGAAUGUAUACGCAUACCUCGACUCGCUUCCCACGACUUUCUUCGACUUAGAGCAACUCCACCAGAAACAAGAUCCGCUGGAGUAUUUUGUCACAGAAGGCACGUACGAGCGCCGUCGCACAUCCCUCUUCUCCAUCGAACAACGCAUCCUGCGCACCCUUGGCUUCAAUGUGCAGGUCCAGCUCCCCUACACACUCUGCAUAACAUACCUACAAGCCCUCGACACCUUUGCGCAUCCUCGCGCGUCAGAGCUCGCCAAACGCGCAAUCGCACACCUCAAUACUGCUCUGCUGAGCCCACAAUGCCUGUAUUUGACGCACCAGCCGCCAGCGCUGGCUACGGCAGCGAUUUAUCUGGCUGCAAGAGAGACAGGAAUCAAGAUGCCAGAGUGUGAGUGGUGGGAAGUGUUCGAUACAGACAGAGAGGUGCUCGGGUUUUUAUGUGUGGGUAUGCUGAGUUUGGAGGGCUUUGCACAGGAAGAAAAGAAGAAGUGGGAUGGAAGUAAGGUUCCUAUGAAUGUGGAGGGCUUAAAGAGAGAGAUGGAGAGGAGACAAGAGGUAGAGAGUUAAGGUGAGCGCUCUAAAGACGAUAGAAGAGUCGGAAAUCUCACUGGUUGGAUCUGGGCAGUCGCACAGCAACAAUCGCAAUCUUUCCCCCGACCUUCGAAAUACAUGGCACCUGACAGGAUUUUCACACGGAUAGUAGUGUUACCGCACAGUUCCCUGGAGCUCUACGGUCUCAUAAUGUC